CCCCUCCCGUCUGCCUUAUCUUCCCAUUCCAAUCACCACUUUCUGUCCCUCCAUUUGUCUCUAGCUCUCCAACCCCUAUCUCACCAUGUCCACUACGGAAACUGCCACCCCCAUUGGCAUUGCCAAUCUCCCGAACCAGCGACACAAGAUCGUUGCUAAGCGGGGUGCGGCCUUCACUAUUAUGGUUGCUGGAGAAUCGGGAUUGGGAAAGACCACCUUUAUCAACACCUUGUUUUCGACCACCAUCAAGAACUAUGCCGACCACAAGCGCCGCCACCAGAAACAGGUUGACCGAACCGUCGAGAUUGAAAUCACCAAGGCCGAGCUGGAGGAGAAGUUCUUCAAAGUUCGUUUGACCGUUAUCGAUACCCCUGGCUUUGGAGACUACGUCAACAACCGCGACUCCUGGCAACCCAUCAUCGAGUUCCUCGACGACCAGCAUGAAUCGUACAUGUUGCAAGAGCAGCAGCCCCGUCGUACGGACAAGAUCGACAUGCGUGUUCACGCCUGCUUGUACUUCAUCAGACCCACCGGACACACCUUGAAGCCCCUCGACAUUGAAGUUAUGAAGCGAUUGAGUUCUCGUGUCAACCUCAUCCCUGUCGUCGCCAAGGCCGACACUCUUAGCCCCGCCGAUCUGGCCCGUUACAAGCAGAGAAUCCAAGCUGUUAUCGAAGCUCAGGGAAUUAAGAUCUACACCCCGCCAGUUGAGGAGGAUGAUGAGCACGCUGCUACCCACGCUCGUAGCUUGAUGGCUGCCAUGCCCUUCGCCGUGAUUGGGUCCGAGAAGGAUGUCAAGAGUAACGACGGACAGCGGGUCGUCAAGGGCCGUCAAUAUGCUUGGGGUGUUGCCGAAGUUGAGAACGAAGAGCACUGCGACUUCAAGAAGCUGCGCUCAAUCUUGAUCCGUACCCACAUGCUAGACCUUAUCCACACGACCGAGGAGCAGCACUACGAGGCCUACCGCGCACAGCAGAUGGAAACAAGGAAAUUUGGCGAAGCUCGCCCCAGAAAGCUGGACAACCCCAAGUUCAAGGAAGAGGAAGAGACCCUCCGGAAGCGCUUUACCGAGCAAGUCAAGGUCGAGGAGCAGCGUUUCCGACAGUGGGAGCAGAAGCUCAUCGCCGAGAGAGACCGCCUCAACAAGGACUUGGAAGCCACUCACGCUGCAAUCAAAUCACUCGAGCAAGAAAUCGAAUCGCUCCAGGGCUCUACUACUCGAAGCCACGGACGCCGUUAAUUUAUGUUUUUUGAACCACUGCCCGUUGGCAGUGGUUUUGAACGGAGCAGUGAAAAAAAGGAGAAGAAUUGUGCAUGCUCUUGACUACCAUUACUCUUGUUUAUUCUUUGAUUACCCCAUUUUUCGGCCUUACUUGCGUG